CUCAACCCUUUUUUUUAUUAUUUCCUGUUGGUUUCUUUUUCUGCAAAAUGAUGAAAGGAUUGAAAGGCGUUCUUUCUAGGAGUAAAUCUCAAAAAGAAAGUAAAUCACGUCAGACCAUCAAGAACAGACCUUCUUCUUUUAUCUCUCGUUCUCUUUCUAAACCAGAGACUAAAGCAGAAGAUAGUGUCAAUGCACCCACUAAUCCCAUAGUUAUCACCAAUAAUAGCAAUAAUAGAUCAACAGAAAUUACGAAUAAAAUACUUCAAGAUACACCCAAAGAUACCAUUCCUGCUGUACGAGUGCCACGUAGACAGCGUUCAUCAAGAAUCUAUAUUAACCGUGAAAAGACUGACUUGAUUAAAACACCUGAUUUCAAUGAAGUGCCACCUACAAAGCGCCAAGAAUUGUUUAUAUUGAAACUACAACAAUGUCAAGUUUUGUUUGAUUUCAAUGACCCUUCUUCAGAACUAAAAAACAAGGAAAUCAAGCGACAAGAAUUGCAAGAAAUGCUUGAAUAUGUAGCUACUUCAAGAGGGGCUAUUACUGAUCUCAUUUAUCCUGAUGUGAUUCGAAUGUUUAAUGUCAAUACAUUUCGUACUAUUUCACCACAAACAUCGACUGCCAAUGAAGGAUUUGAUCCAGAAGAAGAUGAGCCUGCUUUAGAGACAGCAUGGCCACAUCUUCAACUUGUGUAUGAAUUCUUUUUACGGUUUGUUGAAUCACCCGAAUUCAAUCCACAAAUAGCCAGGAAAUACAUUGACCAAAAGUUCAUUUUACAGUUGCUUGACUUGUUUGACAGUGAAGACCCAAGAGAAAGGGAUUUCCUCAAGACAACACUUCACCGUAUCUAUGGCAAAUUUCUCAAUCUAAGAGCAUUUAUUCGAAAAUCCAUCAACCAUAUAUUCUUUCAGUUUAUCUAUGAAACAGAACGUCAUAAUGGUAUUGCUGAACUACUAGAAAUCUUGGGCAGCAUUAUCAAUGGGUUUGCACUCCCCUUAAAGAAAGAACACAAGACCUUCUUGUCCAAAGUACUCAUUCCACUUCAUAAACCAGCUUCUUUGGCUGCCUAUAGCCCACAAUUGACUUAUUGUGUGGUCCAGUUUCUUGAAAAAGAUCCUGAUCUUGUGCCUGGUGUGGUUCAAGGUCUGAUGCGCUACUGGCCUAAAGUCAAUAGUGCAAAAGAAGUCAUCUUUUUGACUGAAUUUGAAGAAAUCUUAGAUGUUGCUGAAACAGCUGGAUUUGAGACCAUCAUGAUUCCUUUCUUCAAAAAACUAGCUCAAUGUGUCUCUAGUCCUCAUUUUCAGGUGGCAGAGCGGGCUCUGUACUUUUAUACGUAUGAGGAUGUGAUUCAUAUCAUGAAUGAUCAUAUUGAAGUAGUGAUGCCCAUCAUAUUCCCCUCACUUUACAAGUAUUCGAAUGACCAUUGGAAUAGAACAAUAUAUGGCUUGGUCUAUAACACACUUCAAUUGCUUAUGAAACUAGAUCCAGCCUUAUUUGAGAAAUAUGUAGAGAAAUACAAACAAGGGCAACAGAAAGAAUCAGAGUAAAGUCAUUCAUUUACUUUUAAAUGAUUCACUUAUUGUUCACUAUAGAAAAUCAAAUAGAGAUCUUGUAUGGGUUAAAAUCAAAGAAAAAGCAUUGCAACAAAAGACGAUGGAUGAAACAGGCUCAGUAAGUAUUAUGUCUGUUACAUACGUUGCUUACCUUUAACUAGAUUGAUUCUGCUUUGGCUAUUGUUCAUACAAAACAAGAAGAUUCUGAUAGUGAAUCAUGGCAUUCAACAUAGAACUCAUAAUAAAAAUCAAUCUCCGUACAUACACACACGCCUUUCUUUUUCUCUCUCUUUUUUU